AAGUAGGAGGAGCGCCGGGCGAGAGCAAGAGCGAGCGGGGGCCGAGAGGAGGAGCAGACGAGCAGCAGAGCAGAAGAGCAGGGCAGGAGGGGGCGGGGCAGGGCAGGGCGUUCAGCGCAGCGCAGCGCGGCAGGGGCCCAGACAGACGCCAGAGCCCAGACAGCCGGACAGACGGCCAGACGGCCAGACAGACAGACAGACAGAGCUUUACCCGUUCCUCUCCCCCCCUCUCCCUGCCUUCCCUCCUUUCCCUCCCCCGCUUCUGGCUCGAGCAUUUGCAUUUGCAUUUGCAUGGAGUCGUGAAUGAGGCGAGGUGUGGCUGCCCGCCCGACGAAAGAAAGAACGAAGCAGACUCGCAGGCUGGCGCCGUUGCGUCGGUGUUUCUGAGAGCAGAAAAGAGGAGGAGGAGGAGGAGUAGCUAGGCGCAGGGAAGGGAAGGGAAGGGAAACGGAAGGUCGUCGAUGCGGGACGGACUGACUGACUGACUGACUGACUGCUGCAUCAUCGCUGCGGGUCGGUGGUGGUUGUUGUUGGUUCGAUCGGAGUCGCGAGUUUUGAGGUUUGCGUUCGGAGCAGGGGCGGGGGCGAGUGUUGUUUUCUGUGCGGAUUGCUGCUGCUGCCUAUUUCGCGGAGAUUUGUGUUGCUUGUGGCGGCGAGGGGAGGCCUUGUGCAGUGUGUGGAAUGCGGGCGACGAGAUCGGGCGCGAGUCGAUGAGCGAGCGGCGGAGGUCGGGAGUGGAGUUUCGGAUGUAGCCGAUUUUGGUGGCGGGAGAGAGAGCAAGAGAGAGAGAGAGAGAGAGAGUGCGAAGAGUGAGUGGGCAAUGACGGGAGUGGAGAUGGAGGAGUGGGACGAGGACGUGCGGGGCGCGAGGAGGGCUGGGGCCAGUGUCGGGAAGAGUGCUUGCGCUUGCGGCGUUGCGUCUCUCGUGGUCUGUGGAGGAGGAGAAGCAAUGCAGCCGCUGCGGGUGAACUAGGACUCGCGCUCGCGGGCAUUGAUUGGCUGUGUGUGGUCUGGCGCUCACAGGUUUGUUAAUGGGUUAUGAGUCACGACCACUUCGUCAGAUUAUGCUCUGAUCUUGAGCGAGGCUCUACAAUGAGGUCCGAGACGCGCCUAGAUUUCGCCGUUUUCCAGCUCACGCCAACACGGACAAGGUGUGAGCUCCUGGUUUCAGCUGGAGGUGUGACGGAGAAGCUUGCUUCAGGUCUACUGAAGCCGUUUUUAGCACAUUUGAAAGCAGCAGAAGAGGAGAUUGAGAGAGGAGGAUACUCCAUAAAGUUGGUGCCCUUCUUCGCCGAUUCAUCGACCGUCCAUGGGGCGGAUUGGUUCACCAAAGGCACCAUUGAGAGAUUCGUUCGCUUCGUCAGCACACCCGAGGUGCUCGAACGGGUCAGUUCCGUCGAGGCGGAGCUCGUUCAGAUUGAGGAAGCGAUUAGCGUUCAAGCCAAUGAGGCACGGGUCGAUGAGCAGUACCUCAGAACUUCUCCUGCCACACCUCCCCAAGGUGGCUUCAUGGUGCAGGGAUUCAAUAUCGAGAAAGGCGGCUUUUCAACCAAGUCGAGGCGCAACUCCAUGGACGGUGCCGACAUCACGGGAGGAGACAGCUCGAAGUGGCGUCUACUCCGAGCCAUGGAUGCACGCCGACUUAUGUUGCAGAAGGAGCAGGGAAUGGCGUUUGCCCGGGCUGCUGCCGCCGGCUUUGACAUGGAGCACAUGGAGGAUCUCAUAGCCUUUGCUGACUGCUUCGGGGCCUCUCGUUUACGGGAGGCUUGUGUAAAAUUCAUGGCUUUGUGCAAGAAGAGAAAGGAAGCAGGUCUUUGGUUGGAAGAAAUGGAAAUGGCAGCCGCUGAGGCUGCUGCAAACCGCACGGAAGGCGUACCCGAGUAUGUACAAGGCUCAGCAAAUUUCAAUCGAGGAAAAGAGUACUCUGACGCCUGGUCAGACGUCAAUAGCGAAGCUGGAGAUGAUGCUCGUGACGACGUUAGCAUGCGAUCGCACAAUAGCUUCUACCGCGAUGGAAGAGGUUUUCUCGGUGAUGAUGACCUUAAGAGAAGGAGGGGUUCUCAGGACGAUGGUUCAGGUGACGUCAAUGGAGAAUACGGUCCAGGAGCAUAUCGUGCCCGUGCUCGAUACAGUCAAGGUGGUGGUAUGGUUCCUCCUAGCAUCGAUGAGCUACAGGCAUCUGCGUACACUCACGACAUGCUAGGAAGACCAUACAGCCUUUCACCCGGUGGUUAUCCGGGAAGCCGGUUACCAAUGGAACCCGGUAUGUACCAGGGUGAGCACGGUUACGAAUACAGGGAUGCUCACGGUCAAGGCGCCCGAGGUGGAAUUGUAAACCAGUCUCCAAGAUAUUUGCAGAAUUUUCACGGGAUAUCUCCUUCUACCAGUCCUGCUUCGAGACUCCCUGGUUGGGUCCCAGCUGGAGAGGACGAACAGAAUUAUGAACAUCGAGGACACUAUGGAAAUUCGCAGCAACCUGGAAGGAGCAACAUGCACGGUGCUGUCCCGUACGGUCACCACACCCACUACGGAAAUCCUGCACACCAUUCAGGCUAUGGGGAAAACAAUAGCUCUUUACAGUGGAGGCAAGGCGACAAUCAUGCUAACUGGGCAUCCCAGCAACCACCACAAUAUUGGCAAGGCAAUGCCGGCUAUCCAGACAACACUGGACAUGAGUCGAGAGGUCAACAGUACGGUGGCGCUGCUAAUAACCAGUCACAUGGAGAUCCGGGUAGAGGCCCUGAGCCUCACUACACAAAUGGUUCACCAGCGCACACUAGAGAUUUACAACCGAGGGGUAAUCGCUCCCCUGACGUUGGAGGAUUAAUGCAGGGAUCGUCUCCUUCAUUGCCUUCUGGCAACCAGCCAUAUGUCAAGAGUCAGUCUCCUGCUAUGGAAGACUCUGUAGGUGCAGAAGAUCAUCUUGAGACGAUACAACCAUCCUCGGACUUGCAGUCCCCACCAAAUGCCACAGUGCAGCAGCAUAAUGACGAAAGGGGAGUAGUGAUGAAUGUGAAUGCAGAUCAGAAUAGCCCAUCACCAGCAGGUAAACAAGCCUUGUCUCCAGCGGAUGCUUCAAACAGGCGUCUUGCAAGGAGAUCAACAUCUCCGAGGCGAAGAUCGUCUUCUCCUUUACGGAAGGUGCAAGUGGGAAGGUCAGGGUCCAGGCGUUCGGGUUUGGUCGUCAUACGAAAUAUCAAUUACAUCACCUCAGGUUCACAAGAUAGAGCGGCUGCGGCGAGAGAUCGGGGAAGUGACAAUGACUCAGACGACAGCGACAGUGGAGACGACGAGGAAACCGCGCAACAAAAGGCGGAUCAAGUCCGUUUCAGUGUGAAGGAUGCCAUCAAUCUCUUUGAAAAGAAGAGGAAGGAAUCAGGCGAUGCAGCCAAGAAAGUGGCAAGGCAAGAUAGUAGCCGACGAGGAUCCACAGAGAGUGGUAGUUCUUCUUUCAAUGAUCGUGUCAAGCGCUGGAGUGGAGCAAGUGAUGUGAGUAAGGAGGCAGCUGCUAGGAGGACGAAAGAUGGAAGUCCCUUUGAAGAUUCGGACGUCCAUUCGAAGCAAGGAAGCAGCACCGUGGACCAAGAGCUUAGAGCAGGUAAUCCAAGUACACAUCAGUCCAAGUCCGAAGAGGAUGAGGUUCAAAGUCGCCCAACUCAGGAAAUUGGACAUGACGAGGGUGCUGUCGAGCAGCAUGCUAUGCAAACAAGUCAGUUCAUGGACUCCGAUGCCUCGGUUGCUCUUAUGAAGAGAGGUCAGGGUGGUCAAACAGCGUCAAGAUCGUUGCCCCAGUUCGAGUCAGAAUCCAAUUUGUACCAACAAACUAAUCAGGUACAGAAGGACAACUUAGCAAGAGAAGAAAAUAACCUGCGUGACCGAGGCGACCAAGUGGACCAGAGCAAAUCGAGAGCUCACUUCCCAGCCGAUCCUUUGGAUCAAGAAGGCACUUAUGUGAAAGAAAGUGAGGCCGAUGAUUCUUUCAUGCUCCCAGACCGUGGACGUGCCCGUGAAGAAGGUCAAAAGCAGAGAGGUACCUGGGCUGUGAGUCAAGAGUCAGAAAUGACUGCGUACAAUCAAGAUCAGACUAAGGUUACUGUGCAGGAUGAUUCAUUCAUCGUACCAGCUAGAGUGCCUGUUCAGGAUCAAACAGCUAAUUGGAGGACGGCUGUGAACAUGGAGUCGGAAAUAUCCACCGACCAGCAAAAUGCAGGAAAUGUGGAAAAAGACUCCGCAAACGCUUCUGUGUUUGCACCGGAGGAUUUGAUGUAUAUCCCUGAACGGAAUACCGGUCGGGAGUCUUUAGGUAGACCGUGGAAUACAGCUGUCGAUUACGAUAUGGAGUUUUACGAAGAGGGAUUCAAAGAUGAUGACGAUCACAAGAGUGUUGUGGGAGACAGCGAGUCUCCCAAGGAUCAGCAGGGGAGGUUCUACGAGCAAUAUCGCGAGAAGAGGGAUGCUAAACUGAGAGAAGAGCCGGGACCGAAGAGGGCCGAGCGGGAAGCUAAGCUCAAAGCAAUGCAGGAAGUUCUUGAGAAACGAAAGGCAGAGAUGGCUUCUAGGGGUGGGAGGACUAAUGAGAAGUAUGCAUGCUCCGCCGAUGCACAACUUCGCGCUGAAAAGUUGAGAGCUUUCAAAGCCGGCCUCCUGGAGAGCAAGAAAAAGAAGGAGGAGGAGGAAAGGAAGAGGAUUGAUGAGAUCAGGAUGCAGCGACGAGAAAGGAUUGCUGCGAGGAGUAGUCCAACCUCCGGCACGCAAUCAGCUUCAUCCACACCACGUGCUGCAAGACAAACACCAACAACUCCAAAAUCAAAUCCUCUGCAAAGGCUCUCUCCGUCCAAAAGCCUGAAGGUAGGAACAGCAGGAGCCGCGGGUCGCGGAGCUGUGUUAUCAUCACCUAAAGCGAUUCCUGGAAAGACAGGGUCUGCUGGUGUAGCAGCAGCUCAACGACGUGGACAAAACCCUUCAAGUCAGACAGCAGCGGAGAAUCCCCUUAGCCGGUCUGUCCCUUCGCUUGGAGACUUGCGGAAAGAGAACACGAAGCCCUCAGGGCGUAGCUCUCUUGGUGACAAGGUCGGAGGCUCUGCACGCAUUCAGGCCAAAUUUUUGAGCAGCAUGCAUCGCUCCAAAAGCGCAAAUGAUGCCGCUCCGCUGGAAUCAAAUGGGGGUGUAUCAUCCCGCUCUGUCGCAAGAGCCACAGUGUUUGUGGAUGAUAAGAAACGUCGUUCGGUUUCAUCGAGGAAAAGCAUCGCCACAGUCACGGAAUUGAAAGGUGUAACAAGCUCACCCUCUACCGAAUCGGUGUCGACCCCCUUGAAGGCCCCGAAGGAACUGUUACCUGAAUCUGGAGUUGCCAAGGUCGCGAAGAAGAGUACAACCGCAACAGCUGCCCAAGAUGCCAAACCUUUUCUCCGCAAAGGAACUGGAAUUGGUCCAGGUGCUGGAUCUGUCGUCAGGAAGCUGAAGUCUUCCCAGAUGUCAGACAGCACCAAGAGUAUGGACGAGGAUGGUCCAGAUACUCCUUCCGCACCGUCUCACGAUAAUCUGCAGUCUGACCAAGAGGGGACCAAGGAGGAGGUUAUCGCCAACACUGUGGACGCAGUAGUCGCUUUAUCUUCACCAAUCGCAUCAGCUACAACAGAAGAGAAGGUAACUGAUGUACUUGCUGCAGAGGACCCUCAAGACGCUACACAAAGACCAGCCAACGCCCCUGGCCCUGUUGUUAUCCGAUCACCGGCUUCCCCUCCCCCGGAGACAGCCGACAUAUCUGCUCCCUCACUGGAAGCAGACAUGACUGCGUUGAUACAACCGCAAACUCUAGCUACCGAUGAUUCACAUGCUGGUCAACAAAGCGAUGAGGAUCUUAAACCUGAACCACACGGAGAUGCCGAAGAAGUCAAGACUGCGGAUGAAUUCGAGGUGAAGGUAACUGAAGUCCUAGAUUCCCCUGUGCGCGCACCAGUACAGACAAUUGUCGACAACAGUCAAGGCUUUGAAGCCCCUCUAGCCCCUCUCUCCCCACCUGAAUCUAAUUUUACUGCUUUCCCCUUAGUUUCCACUCCAGAAGACUACAAUGCUCCUCUUGCUCUUACUUCACCGUCCCCUUCCCAGACAACUAUGGCACCUAAUAUAGAGGAUUAUGACUUUGUGCUAGCAUCUCCAUCUGAUACAGUUGUGCCUGAUGAUUAUGAAGCCCCUGUUGCUGUGGCAACAACUUCACCAGCCGCAAGUCCUACUUCCCGGACCUUCCCGCAGCUGCAACGUUCUCUCUCACCACAUUCCAACAAGGUGGAUGCAAGCAAGUCUCGAAAGAAGUGGGGUGGUUCCCAAAAGUCCAGCUCCUCAACUCAACAAGGUUCAAAAGAUGCGCCGAAGGGCCUGAAAAGGCUUCUAAAUUUUGGUCGGAGGAGUUCUAAGGGUAACACUGCGAAUGCAAGCGAGUGGGUCUCAGCUUCUACUGCGUCUGAGGGAGACGAUGAUGCAGACGAAACUAAGGUUGGUGGUAGCCGGCUCAGUGAUAUUCCGAACAAGAAGGUCGACUCCAGCAACAAGACUUCAAGGUCCAGGACUACCUUGAAUGGUAAAGGUAACAACCUCAGAUAUAUGGGUGACAGUCCCGACUCUUCAAGAACAGAUUCAAGAACUGAUUCAAAUGGAUCCGGAGAUCGUGUGCCUCGGUCUUUCUUCUCGUUGGCACCAUUCCGGAGCAAGAACGAUUCAAAGUAUCGAGCCUGAGGGUUGACCAUCAACUGCCCUUAUAAAGAUGAGAGGCAGCAGGUGUGUGUGAAGAGUAUUCUACUCCACGUAUGAUUGGUGCUCGGAAAAAGGAGGCUUUGCCGUGGUUACUAUAAAGCCCUCGUCUUGGCGAACGUCCCUUCAUACUUGUUUUGAAUCUCUAACACUGAGCACUGUAGGAUGCCCUCUAUUUUUUCGAAGCCGGAGUCCACCUGCUGUAGAUCUGUGUCUCUGGGAAGCCGGAGAGUGAAGUACCAUAGCAUGUGUAUUGUAAUCCACUUGAAUGUCAAUGUUUCAUCUCCUGCGCAGAUAGUUAGAAGCCUAAAUUUUCCACCAAUGGAGGGUUGGCAUUGUCAGCUCUACUUCCUUGUGUGGUAGUCCGCACGUUGUGUACCAUAUAUGGACUUUUUACCAUGUAGAAGAGUUCAUCAGUUCCUACGCGAAGACCCAGAUCUGAUGUAUGUAGAAUUAUUAUAUAUGAAUGCAGGAGAAUAGCCUCCACCAUUUUGGAG